AAAGGAAGGCUUCGCCGCCCUCCCCCCUUGUGUCCUUGUUCAAAAAGGGCAGUUGGUUUGUUUCGCACAACAUUGCAGAGCCGGGAGGCGCCCAAGCCGAAGAAAAGCGCCUCUUUCUCCUGUUCGCUUCCUGCGACGAAAUUUCAUCUGGGAAUGAUAAACCGUUAAAGGACACUGAGGAACAAGGAUUAGGCUGGAAAGAGGUGUUGUAAGGCUGCUAGGCGUCCAGGGCAUUCGGGCUGUGGUUUCUGUGAGGAGUGUGCGGGGCGGGACUCAGAUUUCAUCCCCUUCCCGUUUGAGGCGCCCAGAACACAAAAUUCACAGCGAGAGGAAAAGAAGGUUAAGCCAGGGGCUCCAGGCGGACGGCCCUGCCGAAGGAGAGGCCGUGGUCGCUGCGCCAUGGAGGGGAGCCCCAUCCCGGUGCUCACCGUGCAGACGGUCCCGUUCGAGGACCAGAAGCCGACGGGUGGCGGUGGGCUGAGGAGACCCACCGCGGUCUUCGAGAGCCAGCGCAACUACCUGCAGAACUUCGUGCAAAGCGUUCUCUCGUCUGUUGAUCUGCGCGACCGCCAAGGUUGCACCAUGGUGGUGGGCAGCGACGGCAGGUACUUCAGCAGGACGGCCAUUGAGGUGGUGGUGCAGAUGGCGGCAGCCAACGGGAUUGGAAGAUUGGUUAUUGGCCAGAAUGGCAUCUUAUCCACCCCUGCUGUGUCAUGCAUUAUCAGAAAGAUCAAAGCAGCUGGUGGGAUUAUUUUGACAGCUAGUCACUGUCCUGGAGGACCUGGAGGGGAAUUUGGAGUUAAAUUUAAUGUUGCCAAUGGAGGACCAGCUCCAGAUGCUGUUUCUGAUAAAAUCUACCAGAUCAGCAAAACCCUUGAAGAAUAUGCCAUUUGCUGUGACCUGAGAAUUGACUUAUCUCGGUUAGGAAGACAAGAAUUUGAUCUGGAGAACAAAUUCAAACCUUUCCGGGUUGAAAUAAUAGAUUCUGUGGAAGUCUACCUGAAUCUUCUACGGACUAUCUUUGACUUCAGUGCCAUCAGAGGACUGCUAACGGGGCCAAAUCAACUUAAGAUCAGAAUUGAUGCCAUGAAUGGAGUGAUGGGUCCCUAUGUCCGGAGAAUCCUGUGUGAUGAAUUAGGAGCUCCUGCUAAUUCUGCAGUUGACUGUAUUCCUCUGGAGGAUUUUGGGGGCCAGUAUCCUGACCCAAACCUGACAUACGCAACUUCAUUGCUGGAAGCAAUGAAAGGAGGAGAGUAUGGAUUUGGAGCUGCUUUUGAUGCUGAUGGAGACCGCUAUAUGAUCCUAGGUCAAAAUGGAUUUUUCGUGAAUCCUUCUGAUUCAUUGGCCAUUAUUGCUGCCAAUCUGUCCUGCAUUCCAUAUUUCUGUCAGAUGGCUGUGCGAGGGUUUGGUAGGAGUAUGCCUACCAGCACUGCAUUGGACAGGGUGGCAAAAUCAAUGAAAGUCCCUGUGUAUGAAACGCCAGCAGGCUGGAGGUUCUUCUCAAAUCUGAUGGAUUCUGGCCGAUGCUCGCUUUGUGGAGAAGAAAGCUUUGGCACUGGAUCUGACCACAUCCGAGAGAAGGAUGGACUUUGGGCUGUCCUAAUUUGGCUCUCAGUCAUGGCAGCUCGAAAACAGAGUGUGGAAGAGAUCGUCAGAGAGCACUGGGCAAAAUAUGGCCGCCACUACUACUGCAGAUUUGAUUAUGAAGCACUGGAUCCUAGGACAGCAUUUUUCAUAAUGAGAGACCUGGAGGCUUUGGUCAUGGAUAAGUCUUUCUGUAAUCAACAAUUUGCUGUUGGAAACAAUGUCUACAGUGUACAAAAAGCAACCAGCUUUGAAUAUGUGGAUCCCGUUGAUGGAACUGUGACCAAAAGACAGGGGCUAAGAAUAAUUUUCUCUGAUGCAUCCAGACUCAUCUUCAGAUUAAGUGCAUCUAGUCAUGUGCGAGCCACCCUCAGGAUCUAUGCAGAAAGCUAUGAAAAGGACCCCAGCAAACAUGACAGGGAACCACAGGCUGUACUGAGUCCUCUCAUAGCGAUUGCACUGAAAAUAUCUCAGAUUCAUGAGAGAACAAGUCGUAAGGGUCCUACUGUUAUCACCUGAACCAAGGAAGGAUCGCUAACCCAGGGCCAAAAUUGAGAGGGCAAGGGAGAAAGAAGACUUGCUAAACUUUGUUUGUUUUUUGUGCCUUAUAUUAUUCGAGGGGUUUGAGGGAGGGUGGGGGGUGGGGAACAAAAUUCAGUGCUGAUCAUAUUUUGUUUCAAUGUUCUACUAAGACACCAGUGCGUUUACUUCUGUGCUAUGGUUUCAGUAUCUUCUACACAUAAAUAACCAAAGAGAAAAGCUCCCUUUAUAUCAAAAUUCGGUUAUUACAAAAUGCCAGCAUGACGGAAAAGAGUCUUGUGUUCUGCAUUUGCAAAGCAGGAAAGGGUUACAUGCUUCCUUGGUUGGACUUUGUUGCAAUGCAAAGGCUCUUUAUGUAGCAUUUGAGAAUCCUCAGCUUUAAUUCAACAAGGAAAUGCUCAUAUGGUAUCCAUGGUAAGUUUGAAAAUAUUUUCUAGUACUUUCAAAAGGCUCAGAAUCAACAGGAACCGCCAGUUCCCAGUGUUUUCCAAAUCCAGCUUAGGAAGAGCCAAUUCAUUAUGUUGAACUAGAAAUAUAACAGGGCUCUUGAUCACCCCAGCUGACUGGGAGACUCAGCUGCUGAGAGGGGACUUACAGGACCCAAGAUGCUAGGAGUGUUUUAUACCAAAGAAAACACCACACCAGGCACAGAGUCAAAGCAAUUCAGUUCAUAUACAGAAACUGCAGGUGUGGAUGUUCCAACCCCUACUAGUUUGUCUAGCACAAUCCUCUGCAUGGUUACUUGGAAGUAAAUUCCUCUGAGUUCAGUAGGAUUUACUCCUGUGUAAGUAUACAUAAUAUUGUCGCUUUAAACUGAUACUUCAUUUAACUGAUUUAUCAUGUCCAAAAAAUAUUGGAAACUGCCAUGCCGAAUCUCCCAAAGUUCCAUGAAUAACAUGCACUGUUUUAUACGCCAUCUGAAACCUGGCAUCUACUAUAUUCAUGCACCUUAUAUGCAUGUAAGGCUUUUGAAUUUAAAAUGUGAAGAAAGAAAAUAGACAUGUAACCAACUCUUUGAUGAACAGUUUCCAUUUUCUGCUGUGUUAUUCACAAAUACUCACCACCAUAACAAAUGCUGUACACAUGUGGUUUAUAUGCUCACAGUGAAAAAAACACAAUGGUUCUUUACCACCUAGCCCCCCUCCCAACCUUCCUAUAUUCAAAUAUGACUCUGUGCAGUUUUCCAAUUGUUUAUUUAAAGGAAAUAACUAUUUUACUGUUACUAAACGAAGCUGAAGGAGUCCUUCUUUAGUAUUUAACUACUGCAGCUAUCCUGGCAGAGAUCCUUCUUUCAUUUGAUUUUACUCUUUUUGGGAGGAAACUGCUGGCUUUUGGAUUCAAAAUCUUUGGAUGCUGUCAGGAUGAAAUUGUGUUCCACUUCUUUACAUUUGAGUUGCUACACUGGAAGAGUCCUGUGAUCAUUUUAAAACUCCAGGUUGUGCAUUCAGAAGAUUCUGCAGGAAAUGUCUCUGCAUAGAGUGUUCUGUUAUCACACACUCACUGUUCCAUCAGUUCCAGUGUGUCUCCACCUCUCUUUUCUGAAACGGGCACACAAUGCUAGUCAAACCCUGCUCCUUUUUACUGUAAGACCUGGUGGGAUCAGCUUGAGUGUGUGUGUUUUUAAUUUGCUUCAAAGAGAUUUUGCAAUUGAUCAACAGAUCAACCUGUUCUCCCUCCAGGUGUGGACAAUUGAAAUACUUUACUGAGCAAUUCUCUCUCCUCUGCCCCAUCUAUUCUGUGAUGACUCAUGCUAUGACCCUCUGAUAAAGCAUGAUAAAUAUAGACAACUAGUGUGCUCACAGUCUAAUUUAAUCAGACUGCUGGGACUAAAUUGGCAUUACUGUCAUUAUUUCCAGCAUACUGUUUUAAAGUUGCAGACUGGCUUUUUAAAGGGGUCACAUGCCCUCACAUACUACAAAUAUUGUAGGAUUAGCCCUCUGAGAUGAAUCCAAGAAGAAUUUUUGACAAGAGUAAGACUCUGUUCACUGUUCCAUUAGGGAAAUGUUAAAAGUCCUAGCACAAGAUUCCCAUGUUUCAUGUUUAUGUGAUUCCUUUAAAAGCCAGCACAAAAUGAUAUGUUGGAAGUGAUGUACAGUUCUCAUCUAAGAUUUCUACUUGUGUUUCUGUGAUCUCCUUAAAAAGCCUUAUCACUAACCCUGAAACAUUACAUGGAAAGCAGCCUUCAAAGAACCACCACUGCCUCAGAGCAGUUGAUAACCAGCUCUGAUACAUGGAACUUUGUUUUUGCUCCUCUCAGCAAAUGGUGGCGGCCAUUUAAGCCUCUGAACCUUUUCCAGAGUCAUUUACAGCCAGUAGUCUGGUUCUUUUCUUUAACCCCUUAAAUGGGGGAGUGAGACUGUAAAAGGCAAGCAGAAAGGCUGCAGAAACAAGAGUGCUUCAUUUCAAGUGCAUCAGAGUUAAACAAUAUUGAAGAGAAUUGUGCUUAUUUCAUGGUUAAAGAAAACACUUGUUUCCAAAUGUUUUCUUGUAGUUAACCUACUGAAACAGGUAGAUAUGUGGUUGUAAGUUAUUUUGGGGUGGGGUGGAGCUCAAGAUACCCAGAUAAAACAUUGGCUACCUUUGAACUAUCAUGAAUUGAAUGAUUUUUUAGAAGUGCUUUUCUAAUUCACUUAACUGUCUGAAAGCUGACCAGAUGCUUUAUCAGAGGGUCAUAGCAUGAGUCAUCACAGAACAGAUGGUGCAGAGGAAAGAGGACUGCUCAGUAAAUGCUUGGGUACAGCAAAUGGCUGUUGUGUCUGUGAAAAAACAACACGGCUCCAACUAUGGCUCACGACACUGAAAUGAUAAGAACUCUUUGUGCAUGUGACUCAUUUGAAUGUUUUUCUUCCUUGGGAACAGAGGUGUGACUGCUUGUCAUUUGUUGAGUUGGCUUUUGUGCAAUCUGAUACUUUAGUAACCUAGUAAUGUUCAUUGCAAUGGCCAAAUGUUCCUUUUUAGUGCAAUCGGAGUGAAUUUAUGCUUUAGGAAAUGGAUUUGGUUUAUUUUGAUAUUUGUCAAAACUUGCUAUGACAUUUAAUAAAGUGAAAUGCCAUAUUUUUGUUUUGCAUGAAGUUGCUGAUAAUAGGACACAGCUUGCCCUAAUACUUCACAGACUUUCUUAAAAGCUGUGUCUAAGUAAAUGAGGCACUGAUUGUUUUCUCACUUCUAAGCCACAGUGUUUUAUUGCAGUAUUAUUAAACAUCUCUUUUGUAAAUCUAAAAAAAGUGUUAUGGUUCCUUUUUAUGUAACACCAAUACACACAUAGCUGCUGGGAUGUAAACCUCAUUCAGCAGCAACUUGCCAAUUUGCUGUGAUGUAACAAUGAUAUUUCAUAUUUAGAGCUGUCUCCACCUGUUGUCAUUGGGUUUUCCUCUGUGAUGUCAGAGAGAGACUGGGCAGUCUGGAUUAAACAGCUGGGUGCU